AUGGCUGGAGAUAAAGACACUUUGUUGGGCAUGGGGUUCGACCCAGCUCGAGUUGAAUGGGCCUUAAAGGCUACUGGAAACCGUGGAUUACAACCUGCAAUGGAUCAUAUUCUUGAGCACGAGGGAGAGGCCGUCCCAGACUUGGGUGCUGUUAGCGAACAAACAGGCAGUAGAUCAGCCCCUAUGGAUGUUGAUGAAGACGAUGAAGAUGCUGAAGCAUUGAAAAGUCUGGGUGCAUUGAAAGGAGAGGCCGUUGAAGCCAAGAGUAUCAAAUGUUCUGAAUGUGGCAAGAUAUUCAAAAACACGGCAUUGGCCAACUUCCACGCUGAAAAAAGUGGGCACGACCAAUUUGAAGAAUCUACUGAGGAGAUCAAACCUUUAACCGAAGAGGAGAAGAAGCAGAAGCUGCAAGAACUGAAAGAAAAAAUGGCCGCAAAGCGUGCCAACAAAGCAGUCGAAGAGGCUAAGGAGCACAAAGCCAAUGAGGCUCUUCGACGGAAGGCCGGCAAGGAUAUGCACAAGAUCAGAGAAGAGCUGAUGGCAAAAGAAGCUAUCAAGGAAGCGGAGGCGAAGAGACGAGAAAAGAUCGAAGACGCCAAAGCUAAGGCUGCUAUCAAAGCACAAAUUGAGGCGGAUAAGAAAGCGAGGGCAGAAAAGGCUGCUAGGGAGAAAGCCCUGCGCGAAGGCCAGCCAGUCCUGGAUUCAUCUGCUUCAGCUGGCCCAUCUCGUCCGGCAGCUGCACCUGUAGCUACAGUAGCAGGAAAGGAUUUCAAAGAAACAAGACUCCAGAUUCGUAUGUCAACCGGUGGGCAACCUUACACUACUACAUUAUCCAGUGAUGCACCACUUCGUGAGGUCGCCGAAUACCUAGGUGGUCAACUUGCGACUGUGAAUGUUGAGACAGUGACUUUUGCUCAGCAUUUCCCAAGAAAAACAUUUUCACGCGAAGAUUUUUCAAAAUCUCUGAAAGAUCUUGGACUUACCCCUUCCGCUGUGCUCAUCGCAACACCCUAA